AUGUCAGAGGAUAUCAUUCAUCCUCCAUUAUUAGCCCAGACUGACUCAGCUACGAAUCCGGAACAUGUGCAAUGGAUGCGGCAAGCUAUGCAAAUGGCAGAGAUUGCAUUAGCUCACGGCGAAGUCCCUGUGGGAUGCAUAUUCGUGCGAGACGGCCGGGUCAUCGCACAAGCUCGCAAUCGGACCAACAAACUGCGUAACGCAACACGACACGCCGAACUGGAAGCCAUCGAUGAGAUCCUUGCGGACAAGCAGUGGACUCCGGCACUUACCCCAUACCCCCUCUCGGAAACGACACUCUACGUCACGGUCGAGCCAUGUAUCAUGUGUGCUUCGGCCCUCCGCCAACUGGGCAUCAAGGAGGUGUUCUACGGAUGCGAAAAUGACCGCUUCGGCGGAUGUGGCAGUGUACUUGGUGUAAACGCAGAGGUCCCACACCCUGCACACCCUGCUUACGAGGCGAAGGGUGGCUAUCUGCGCGAAGAAGCCAUAAUGGUGCUGCGGCGAUUUUACAUAACCGAAAACGCCAACGCCCCGGUUCCUAAAUCUAAGGCUAAUCGCGUACUCAAGACGACUAUCACCCCCCAAACAUCCCUGCAAUCGCAAGCUUGA